AAUCCCCUUUUCGCACCCCACAGAGAGAGAGAGAGAGAGACGACAACGAGUCUUCUUCUACUCUCCAUCUCUUCUACCUCACCAACCCUCUCCGUCGUACUACGUUCUCGUAAUCCCCGACGCGACGCCGUAUGCUGACUGCAACUUAAUUUCCGGUUUAACCGUCUUUGAGCAUUUGUUGGACGCAUCUCUUCUUCAUGCGGGAUUAAAUUAGGUUUGAACUGAAUCGUCGUCGAUGGGUCAGAAGAAGAAACCCCCCGCGCCUCGCUCCAAGCAAUCGCUAUCUUCUUCAGCGGCGGAGGCUGAGCCGUCCUCUGAGGUUUCCGCUUGUACCUCCUAUGAUGGCGACGAGCCGUCAAAUUUGGCUGAAAUCAAGGUCGAGUGCGAGAAGGCACUGACGUCAUUCCGGCGAGGUAGCUACAACAAGGCGAUUCGGCUCAUGAAGGAAUCAUGCUCUCGCCACCAACACUCUGCCCUGAUUCACCGUGUCCAAGGUACUGUGUGCGUGAAGGUUUCUUCUGUAUACGAAGACGCAGUUACUAAACAGAAGUACAUCCGUAGCGCUAUUGAAUCCGCUAGAAAAGCUGUGGAGCUAUCUCCCAACUCUAUUGAGUUUGCCCAUUUUUAUGCUAACCUGCUUUACGAGGCUGCUAGCGAUGGUAGAGAGUACGAGGAGGUUCUGCAGGAGUGUCACAGAGCCCUCUCCAUUGAGAAUCCAAUCGAUCCUGCUAAAGAUAGUCUCCAGGACGAGAGUCAGCACAAGAUAUUGACACCUGAGGCUCGUAUUGCGAAUGUUCAGGAUGAGCUCAGGUCACUGAUACAGAAGUCUAAUCUUGGUUCGUUGUCCACUUGGAUGAAACAUCUGAGAAAUGGAGAAGGGGAGUUUCGGUUGUUUGACAUGAGGAAGAUGGCUGAGGAUCCUAUUGAGAGUAACUUGGUUCAGACCAGGAGGCCGAACGAGAUUAAGAAAGCUACCAAGACUCUUGAAGAGAGGAGGAAGGAGAUUGAAGUGAGGGUGGCUGCAGGUAGGUUGUUGCAGCAGAAAUCAGAAUCUUCCUCGGUAGAUAGUGUUAACAGCAAGGGAUCAGAUCCAGCAUUAGGCUCCGGUCAGAGAAGCGUGGAGAGGAGAAAGCAUGGAAAUGCAAGGAAGAACGACUCUACAGUAGAGAGAAGAGAUCGGGUUAGAUCAUAUUGGGAGUCUACAGGCAAAGAAAUGAAAAAAGAAUUGCUUAGGAUUAAGGUUAGUGAUCUUAAGAGUCACUUUAGCGCAUCCAAGGAUGGCGAUGCAAAUGAUAUAAUAACUGAAGCUUUGUCCUUUUGUGAAGCUAAUAAGACUUGGCGGUUUUGGGUUUGCUGCAAGUGUAGUGAAAAGUUCAAGGAUUCUGAGUCUUAUAUGCAGCAUAUUGUAGGGGAGCAUAUAGGUAACGUUUUGCCUAAGAUGCAAAUGGUUUUGCCUCAGAGUCUCGAUAGUGAGAGGAUUGAGAUGCUUCUUACUUCCCCAUGGAAACCAUUGGAUUUUCCUGCUGCGGUGAAAUUGCGUUGCAGCCAGCAGAAAAUCCAAAAUACUGAGUUCAAUGAGUUUUACGCUGAAGAUUACAUGGACGAUGGUGACGAUUGCUUCCAGGAUGCAUGGAAUGAUACUUCACCAGAGAAAGAAAAAAUUGGAGAUGCUUGCAACGGUUAUGAGAAGAAUGAGUCGGAAAAGGGUAGGCUGCCAAAUCCGUUUUAUCUUCCUGAUGAAUGGCCGAUAUCUGAUGAUCCUGAACGU